AGAAGUUCCUGCUGCCCUUCUGGCUGCAAGUGAUCUUCAUCUCGCUGCUGCUGUGCCUGUCAGGCAUGUUCAGCGGCCUCAACCUGGGGCUCAUGGCUCUGGACCCGAUGGAGCUGCGCAUCGUGCAAAACUGCGGCACCGAGAAGGAGAAGAAUUACGCCAAGCGCAUCGAGCCGGUGCGCAGGCAGGGCAACUACCUGCUGUGCUCGCUGCUGCUGGGCAACGUGCUGGUCAACACCACGCUCACCAUCCUGCUCGACGACAUCGCGGGCUCAGGCCUUGUGGCAGUGGUGGUCUCCACCAUCGGCAUCGUCAUCUUCGGGGAGAUCGUGCCCCAAGCCAUCUGCUCCCGACACGGCCUGGCCGUGGGGGCCAACACCAUCUUCCUCACCAAGUUUUUCAUGAUGAUGACCUUCCCUGCUUCUUACCCGGUUAGCAAACUGCUGGACUGCGUCCUGGGCCAGGAGAUAGGCACUGUCUAUAACCGGGAAAAACUGCUGGAGAUGCUGCGGGUCACUGACCCCUAUAACGACCUCGUUAAGGAGGAGCUGAACAUCAUCCAAGGCGCGCUGGAGCUCCGCACCAAGACGGUAGAGGACGUGAUGACUCCCCUCCGGGACUGCUUCAUGAUCACCGGCGAGGCUAUCCUGGACUUCAACACCAUGUCCGAAAUCAUGGAGAGUGGCUACACGCGGAUCCCAGUGUUCGAGGGAGAGCGUUCCAACAUCGUGGACUUGCUCUUUGUCAAAGACUUGGCCUUCGUGGACCCAGAUGACUGCACUCCCUUGAAAACCAUCACCAAAUUCUACAACCACCCCUUGCACUUUGUUUUCAAUGACACCAAGUUGGACGCUAUGCUGGAAGAAUUUAAGAAAGGGCUGAUCACUGAGCAAAGACCCAGCUUUCCAUGCCCUCUUGCGUUGUAUGCUGUCACCAUCAUUAUGUCCUUGAAGACUUGGGGUUCUGGAAAACCGGGGAGAUACAGUGAAGAGGCCCUCUGCUCUUUGUAUGUGAGAAAUAAAGGAAUUUGGGUUUGGGGGUUGCAUCUGAUUUCAAAACAUGUUCUCAGAUGAACAAAUCCAGUUUAUUUUGAGUUGUUGGUAGCCUGCCUGGAAUACAACUUUUUGAUGUGAUAGCUCUGUUUGAUGUGAUAGCUCUGAUGAAAUGAAAGAUUGGUGGUGUGUCCCGUGAGCAUACUAGUGCAGUCCUGCCGGGGAUAGUUGAGAUUCUGAUAACCAGUGCUUCCAUUGGGCUGUGGAAGUGACCACUGCAAACCCAAUAAGACUGUCAAAAGGACACAAAAGAAUAAAA